CCUCUGUCCCAGGUGUCUCACAGCAGUAGAGACUCAGUGUCACAUCUUUGAUUGCUACAAAAAUAUCGCAGCAUUCAACCAAAUGAAAAACAAGAUAAGAACAAGUUUGAUUAAGCUUGUAAGGAAAAACAGUAAUAAGAAGAACCUAACAGAAAUCGAAAGAAAUCUGCAAAAACUAGACUUUGGCCAAAAGUCUAAUCUGGACAAACUCGCUUGUGGAAUGUUAAACAUAGACAUACAACUAUUUACCACCAGCCAAGCCAAGAUGGCAAACAAAAUACUAGUCUUAUAUACUCACAGAUAUGGAUUCCAAGGUCAGCAACUGCUAACACAUCUGAAAUAA